UGUUCAGCAUGGAUGAGAUAAAGAGGGAGAACGACGCGCUGAGGGCGAAGUUGCGCAGCUGCUCUACACUCAACACAUUUUACCACGAAACACAACAAGAAAUUGCUCGUUUAAAUCAAUUGGUCACCUCCAAGGACGGAAUUAUUGCCGAUUUGAAGGCAAGACUGGGGAAGUAUGAGAAAACAGUGGUCAUAGAGGGAGAGGAGCCCUAUAUUGUAGGGCCGUCGAAAUCUCUCAUCGAGAGUUUGUGUAAGGAAAUCUGCAAAUUAAAGCAAAAACUCAAGGAGUCAGAGGCGGACGCCGCCCAGAGAUUGGAAACCAGUAAAACAGAGAUCCAGAGGUUGCAAGAAAAGUUGAAGGAGAAGGAUCAAGAGCUGGAGACCAUCAGGGAAAGGCCUGACCAGGAGAAAGAACGGGAGAUCCAGCGACUGCGCUCCACCUUGGCCGAAAGCGAUCGGACACAGGCCACCAGGGCCGUCCUUUGCAACUCUCUCGCUGAAGAAGCCGAGCAGUGGAGGGCACAGCUGGGGGCCACCGUGCAGGUGUGCCAGGAGCUUCUGGGGCGGCUGGAGAAAGAGAAAAGCAAGACAGCCAUGACGGAUCAGAGAACUCAAGCAAAUGAGACAAAAGAUUCCCCUGAAGUUCCCCAUCUAAAUGUCAUCAUCAGCAAGUUAGAAGAAGAGAACGACCAGCUUAAAAAAAGAGUUGCAUAUGUGGAAAGUUUAAACUCAAAGUGGCAGAAGUACGACUCCAGUAGAGAGGAAUACGUGAGGGGUUUGUGUCAGAAGUUGAAAGAGUCAAACGGUCUGGCAUCCGCAGGACCGACCCUGACCCAAACUCCGGCUGCGGGCAACGUGGCUUUGUUCCAGCAGGAGAUCACGCGGCUCAACGGCCUCCUGCAGGACAAGAUGAUGGAGUGCGAGAGACUCAGCAGAGAGAGGGAUGACAGUAAAAGAAGAGACCAGGAGUGCAUUCAGAUGCUUGAGCAGCAGGUUUUGGCCUAUGUUGAGGAUUUCAAAUCGGAGAGGGCAGACCGAGAAAGGGCUCAGGGUAAAAUCCUGGACCUUCAAGAUGAAGUUGGGAGACUUCAAUUGCAAAUACGCACACAGAGCGUCCAAGAUGCCUCAUCCUCACGGCGACUUCACAUGAGCCUAAAAAAAGUUCCCCACCGACAGACGGACACUGCCGAACCACAAAGAAACAGUCCCCCAGAAACAAGCUCAAAAAGGACUAUCAGUACCACGGCACCACAGGGAGCCGCUGAACUGCAGUGCCCUCGCUGUCUCACCACGUAUGACGACGAGCACGCGACCGAAUACCUAAACCACUGGGACGAGUGUGCCAAGCUGUGAGUCUCUCACCUCACUGACUUUUCACAGGGCACAAAAAGCACUGAGGACAGAAUCACUACAAGCUUGCAGACUAUGGGAUGUUUGACAGGGUGUUGAUGAAGGCAGGGGUACGUUUAAACAGGAUGGAGUCGAAGGAAGAGCUUCUUUUCAGGGGUUAUUUGGCUUGGCUUUUCGAUUGUGGGCUUGGUUGAUGUUUAGAAGGUCGCUUGUGGCAUAGGACUCAAGAUAUGACUUUGGGUUGGCCAUUCCUAGUCCAAAGGCUUAUUUACAUGGCUGUCAUUGAACACAGAUGGUUUGGUUAUGAAAAGUUAUUCAAUCUGAAGAAUUUGUGGUUUAUAAGUCACAGGGUUGUGUCACUUGUUUGGUUUUAUGGUUUUCAGCAUGGUACAUUUUGUUUCAAGAGUAUCAAUCAAAUUUUGCUUAAUACUGUAUUGCAGAUCUGUGUAUAAAUCAGAUGGAUCGUAAAAUUGGUAUCAUAUACCUCACCAAAAUGUAUUCUCUUUAUCAGAUGGUUUGCACUUUGCUAUUUUAAUUAUUGCCAAAUGCAGAUGAUAAAAGUACAUAAACGUUUAUAUUUAAUACAUAAGCUUCUUUAUUAUUAGACUGUUGAAUAUAAUUCAUACUGUUUUUAUGGUGGUGCUAUUUGUAAAGAUUAUUGUUAUAUUUUUAUAAUUAAUUUUUCGUCUAUUUGUAAAAUGUAUUGUUAUUAUUUGCCUUUUGGCUUACAUUUUAAAUCAGAAAUUUUAAUUUGUAACAAUAUACAGAGCAGCACAGCGCACACUAUUAAUAAUCUUUUGAUAAUCGACUUUCUGAUUCAUACACACACACACACACACAUAUAUAUAUAUAUAUAUAUACAUGUGUGUGUGUUUGUAACGGACUAGAUGCAUUGUGUUUCUGUGUUGUACAAACACUAUCAUCACAGAAUCUAAAUUCAUAUAUAUAUAUAUAUAUAUAUAUAUAUAUAUAUAUCAAUCAAACUUUAUUUUCCGAUUAUAAAUGUUAAAAGGCUCUGUCAUAUAACAUGUCAUUACAUACUCUGAGUUUAAGGCACCUUUUGACUGUGAGGUACUUGCCAUUCGAUCCCCCUCUGCAGUUGAAAACAUUCUAGUUUUAAGUAAGAGAGGAAGUUCCCUACAUCCUGGUAAAUUGAAACGUGAAAUUUUCACGCCUCCUAUUGCUGCACAUUUGAACACUUUAACAGGGUUUUAAGGCACUAACAGCAAAAAAUAUUAAUUGACAAUAAUAUAUCACAGAGACGCCAAACUAAGACAGAAAAAUGUGAUCACUAUAGGAGGAUUUAUUUUUAUAAUAAAAUAUUUGCUCAAGGAG